AGGUUUGGGUUAUUCAAUCUAUUAGUAUUUGUAAAAUACUUAGUAUAUAUAUUUUUAAAUCUGUAUAUAUAAUUUAAACUUAAUUUUCACAAGUGUUAUAUCAAGGAAUGAAAUCUGUUUAAAGAAAUUUACUAUAACUGUAAUAUCUCCCGUGUCCCAUACAUUUUAAAUAUUUACUAAGAUUAGAACAACAAUUAUUGUGCGAUAUUAGAUGGCGUUUCCUCAACCUAAUGCACAAAGAGAAUUGACAAAUAGAAAAAUAUUGGAAGAACUGCAGUUGAAGAAACAAAUGCUACUGAAACAAGGUGCUGUGGCCCCACUGACAGCUAGCACAAUUCCUCUGACUCAGCCCAGCCCAGUCAGCCAGUUGCCUAUGUGUUCUAUUCCACCUGUAUCUGCAACUGCUGGCUUUCCUCAAUUACCAGAAGCAAAUAUUGUAAACACAAGCCAUAGAGCAGCUCUUCAGCACGCCAACGCUAACUCCUGUGGCUUUUUUGUAUCACAGGAUUCUUCAUUUGGCAACCAGAUUUUGCCUGUACUACCAAGAUUUGAUACUAAGUAAUUUUAUUACAGUUUAAGUAUAAUGACUGCUUUAUUAAAACUAAAAGUGCUUGAAGAAUAUUUGCAAGAUCUUGUUGGUUUUACGAGGCCAAAAAUACAGUAUGAACAAUAUGAAACUCCAUCACACAUAGCAGCGGUUGCCUUACACACAAUACAAGUUCGUUUUGAAGCAUUAGAAAAUCGAUUAGUGCUUGAUGCAGGUUGUGGACCAGGUGUAUUGGCUAUGGGUGCAUCUUUACUGGGAGCCAGUCUUGUCACCGCUUUAGAUAUUGACGAGGAUGCCAUUAAAAUAAUCAUGGAAAAUAUUGGUGACACUGAAACUACUAAUGUUGAAGUAAUACAGACAGAUUUUUUAAAUUGUAACACUUACAGAUGGGAAAACUACUUUGACACAGUCUUAAUGAACCCUCCAUUUGGUACGAAGAAUAAUGUAGGAAUGGACAUGAAGUUUCUUCAUAUGGGCCUUGAACUCAGCUGUGACAGCGUAUACUCACUACAUAAAUCUUCAACAAGGUCACAUAUACAGAAGAAGGUUAAAGAGUGGGGUGUGAAAGGCGAGGUGAUUGCAGAACUACGCUAUGAUUUGCCUGCAACGUACAAAUUCCAUAAACAAGCCUCACGCGAUAUCGCCGUCGACCUGUGGAAACUGAAACAUCCUCAUACAUGACAAUUACUGCGUUUAUAAAAUCUAAUUGUGAAUAUGAAAUGUCGUGGCAUUUGUAUACGAAAAUUAUUACUGUCCCUGUUUUGACAAGGAAAAUGGGGAUGAUGGCAACAUUCUCGUUGUCAGGAAAUUUAAGAUAUCCUCCUGUCAAAUUCUAAAUAAAAUCCUUGUGGGAAUGGUGUUGUGCAGAGAUCAAAUAAAUAUUAAUAUAAAUUCAACUUGUGAUAAUGUAUUUUGAAAAUUCCUUAUAAAA